UGUUUUUUUAUGGGGGGGCUCGGUGGGUCUUUCGCCCCCCUCGACGGAUUGGAAGCGGCAGAUAUGCAGGAGGCUGCUGGCCGCUUCGGCUGCUCGGAGAGACACAGGCUCAAGAUGGCAGAUUUCUAUUGAGUUUAAAGGGGGGUGGGGGCUGAAAUCCUGCUUCAUUUAUCUUUCGUUGCCAUGAAUAACAGACAUCCUUGCACCGAUGGCCCCGAUGUACGAAGGUAUGGCCUCACAUGUGCAAGUUUUCUCCCCUCACACCCUUCAAUCAAGUGCCUUCUGUAGCGUGAAGAAACUGAAAGUGGAACCAAGUUCUAACUGGGAUAUGACUGGGUACGGCACACAUAGCAAAGUCUACAGUCAGAGCAAGAACGUGCAGUCCUCUCAAGCCGCCGCCGCCAUCAACGCCUCUCUCCAGAUCCCCAACCCCAGCAUCCCUUACGAACAGACCAUCAUCUUCCCAGCCAGCACGGGGCACAUUGUGGUGACAUCCGCCAACAGCACCUCCGGUGUGGUUGCAGUAUCUGGGCAAGCGUUAGGUGGACCACACAACCUGAUGCGUCGAAGCACUGUGAGCCUUUUGGACACCUACCAAAAAUGUGGACUUAAGCGCAAGAGUGAGGAAAUUGAGAACACAAGCAGCGUGCAGAUUAUCGAAGAGCACCCACCAAUGAUUCAGAACAAUGCCAGUGGGGCUACGGUAGCCACCACAACCACAUCCACGGCCACAUCCAAAAACAGUGGCUCCAACAGUGAAGGGGAUUACCAGCUGGUGCAACAUGAAGUGCUUUGUUCCAUGACCAACACGUACGAAGUGUUGGAAUUUUUGGGCCGCGGAACCUUUGGGCAAGUGGUCAAAUGCUGGAAACGUGGCACCAAUGAAAUUGUGGCCAUCAAGAUCCUUAAAAACCAUCCAUCUUACGCCCGGCAAGGUCAAAUUGAAGUGAGCAUCCUGGCCCGGUUAAGCACGGAAAGCGCAGAUGAUUACAACUUUGUCCGAGCCUAUGAAUGUUUCCAGCACAAGAACCACACCUGCCUGGUCUUUGAAAUGUUGGAACAGAACCUUUAUGAUUUCUUAAAGCAAAACAAGUUCAGCCCAUUGCCCCUUAAAUACAUCCGACCAAUUCUGCAGCAGGUUGCCACGGCCCUAAUGAAAUUGAAAAGCCUGGGCUUGAUUCAUGCAGACCUCAAGCCAGAGAACAUCAUGCUGGUGGAUCCAUCUCGGCAGCCAUACAGGGUCAAGGUCAUCGACUUUGGUUCUGCGAGUCAUGUGUCAAAGGCUGUGUGCUCGACUUACCUUCAGUCCAGAUACUACAGAGCCCCUGAAAUCAUCCUCGGUUUACCCUUCUGUGAAGCAAUUGACAUGUGGUCUCUGGGGUGUGUAAUUGCAGAGCUUUUCUUGGGCUGGCCGCUGUAUCCAGGAGCUUCAGAGUACGACCAGAUCCGAUAUAUUUCGCAGACGCAGGGCUUGCCAGCUGAGUAUUUACUGAGCGCAGGGACGAAGACUACGAGAUUUUUCAACAGAGAUACAGAUUCGCCGUAUCCGCUGUGGAGGCUAAAGACACCAGAUGAUCAUGAGGCAGAGACGGGGAUCAAGUCAAAAGAAGCAAGAAAGUAUAUUUUCAAUUGUUUGGAUGAUAUGGCACAGGUGAAUAUGACAACAGACUUGGAAGGCAGCGAUAUGUUGGUUGAAAAGGCAGACCGGCGGGAGUUCAUAGAUCUGUUAAAGAAGAUGUUGACGAUAGACGCGGAUAAGAGGAUAACACCGAUCGAAACCCUCAACCACCCAUUUGUCACCAUGACGCACUUGCUGGACUUCCCCCAUAGCACCCAUGUCAAGUCCUGUUUCCAGAACAUGGAGAUUUGCAAGCGGCGGGUGAACAUGUACGACACAGUGAAUCAGAGCAAGACCCCAUUCAUCACCCAUGUGGCCCCAAGCACAUCAACCAACCUUACCAUGACCUUCAACAACCAGCUCAAUACAGUUCAUAACCAGGUGGAGGAGAAGGAAAUAUCCUUUCGAGGGACAAGACAGGCCACCACCCUGGCUCCCACCUCCACCACCAGUGCCACUAUUUCCUUAGCCAACCCUGAAGUCUCCAUACUAAACUACCAAUCUGCACUCUACCAGCCCUCGGCAGCCUCCAUGGCCGCGGUGGCCCAGAGGAGCGUCCCCCUGCAGACGGGGACAGCGCAGAUAUGUGCUCGCCCCGACCCCUUCCAGCAAGCCCUCAUCGUGUGUCCUCCAGGCUUCCAAGGGUUACAGACAUCCCCUUCAAAGCAUGCUGGGUAUUCAGUCCGGAUGGAGAACGCUGUUCCAAUCGUCACUCAGGCUCCUGGGGCUCAGCCCCUUCAGAUCCAGCCAGGACUUUUAGCACAGCAAGCCUGGCCUAGCGGUACUCAGCAGAUCCUGCUCCCCCCAGCUUGGCAACAGCUGACUGGGGUAGCCGCCCACACCUCAGUCCAGCAUGCAACUGUAAUUCCGGAGACCAUGGCAGGGACCCAGCCCCUGGCAGAUUGGAGGAGCACACACGCUCACGGAAGCCACUACAAUCCCAUCAUGCAACAGCCGGCACUUUUAGCAAGUCACGUCACCCUUCCAGCAGCCCAGCCCUUAAACGUGGGUGUCGCUCACGUCAUGAGGCAACAGCCAACCAGCACCACCUCCUCUCGGAAGAAUAAACAACACCAGUCAUCAGCAAGAAAUAUAUCCAACUUCGAGGUGUCCUCGUCUCAGACGAUCAGCUCCCCACAGCGGUCUAAGCGAGUAAAGGAGAACACUCCCCCUCGCUGCGCCAUGGUUCACAACAGCCCUGCCUGCAGCACCUCUGUCACCUGUGGGUGGGGUGAUGGAGCUUCCAGUACCACACGGGAGCGGCAGCGGCAGACGAUUGUCAUCCCCGACACACCCAGCCCCGCCGUCAGCGUUAUCACGAUCAGCAGUGACACGGACGAGGAGGAGGAGCAGAAACAUGCACCCACCAGCCCCCUGUCUAAGCAAAGGAAAAAUGUCAUCAGCUGUGUAACUGUGCAUGACUCCCCCUACUCUGAUUCCUCCGGCAACAACAGCCCCUAUGCAGUGCAGCACCGAGGAGGGAACAACAACGGAAACAGCUACGACACGAAGGGAGCGCCGGAAACACAUUGCAACGGCAAUCCUCGGACGAUCAUCGUGCCGCCACUGAAAACGCAGGCCAGCGAGGUGUUAGUAGAAUGUGAUAACUUGGUACCAGUCACCACCAGUCACCACUCGUCCUCCUACAAGUCGAAGUCCUCCAGCAUCGUGACCUCCACCAGCGGUCACUCUUCAGGGAGCUCGUCUGGAGCCAUUGCCUAUAGGCAGCAGCGGCCAGGACCACACUUCCAGCAGCAGCAGCCUCUUAAUCUCAGCCAGGCCCAGCAGCACAUCACGACGGAUCGCACAGGGAGUCACCGGCGGCAGCAAGCCUACAUCACUCCGACAAUUGCUCAGGCACCCUAUUCCUUCCCACACAACAGCCCCGGCCACGGUACGGUCCACCCCCACCUGGCCGCGGCUGCAGCUGCUCACCUCCCCACGCAGCCUCAUCUCUACACAUACACUGCGCCGGCGGCUCUGGGCUCGACGGGGACGGUGGCCCACUUGGUGGCUUCCCAGGGGUCGGCCCGCCACGCUGUCCAGCACACCACAUACCCAGCCAGCAUCGUCCACCAGGUUCCCGUCAGCAUGGGCCCUCGCGUCCUUCCAUCGCCCACCAUCCACCCAAGCCAGUAUCAGGCUCAGUUUGCCCACCAGACCUAUAUCAGUGCGUCUCCAGCCUCUGUCUACACUGGAUACCCCUUGAGCCCAACCAAGGUCAACCAGUACCCUUACAUCUAAAACGCUGGAAUGAGAGGGCGGCAGAUGGGGAAACGGCGGCGGCACACACUGAGAGGGAAACGUGGCUGCUUUUGUUCUGAAGGACACCGCAGGCGAGCAACCGAUGCAACGGGAGGCUCAAACGGAACUUGAACAGAGGAGACUUUGAGGAGGCGGAAGGAGAGUCGAGUCGAUGCCAGUCCUGUGCUUUUUAUUUAAAAAAGGAAAAAGAACAGAAAAAAGAUAAAACAAAAAACAAAAACAAAUAAAACAUUCUGCACCAAACUACGUAGUGGGAGAAGUGGAAGGGGCCAUCGUUGUCUGGCCCCGUUUUUGGAUAACUUCCCCAGUAGAACUUUUACAGAUUAUUUUCAUCUGACUACGUUUAGGAAUUUGCUGUUCAAAACCUCCUAAUACAAGGUUUCAUAGGUGUUUGGGUAUAUAUAUUUUUUAAAUUAAAACCAAGAAGCAUACAAAUUAGGGAUUUAUCCAGAAUUUCAAAAGGGUUAUCGCUUUUGUCAUUUGCACUGGUUGCUGUAACCCAAAAUAAAGGAACAAUGAAAAGUGUGAUGUGUUUUCUGUUGGGAGGGGGCGAGCAUAGGAUGAGGGGUGCUUGGACUGUUCCAGCUCCCUCAUUCUCAGGCUUGGCAGCAGGGGCAGGUUAGAGAAACACACACACACACACACACACACACACACACACACACACACGCUAAGCAGAAAACACUAUUGGGUGAAAUCAGGGGCAACAGAGAUAUUUGUUCUUACUCUAAGCACCCUGGAUAAAUCCCUGAGAAUUGUUGUUCUUAAAAGAAAAGCGUAUUUAAUAAUGUACAAUAGAAUCUCAUCUUCUUUACUUUGGAAUAUUUUCUUUCUUUCUUUCCUUUUGGGUAACCCUUCACCGUUUGCAGUCCAAUCCUAACGUUCCCUGCUCCAGCACAUAAAUGCAUACCUUGGGACUGUGCUUGGUAGCUAACCCAUCACAGCGCCACAUAGCAUGGUGCCACGCUAACGUUGCCGUGACAUUGCCAUCCCGUAUUGUGAGCAGAUAACACAAACCCAAAUGUUUAGGAUUGGGCUGUUAGUGUAGGAGUAGUUCUAGCUUGACCUUGGUAGAAUGUAGCACUAUAUGACACAUAACACCCUUUUUUCUACUUUGUGUUAAAUUCCAAUGAUACCAAUAGACUAUUCCUCAAUGUGAUUGCACAAAAAAGUGAUAUAACAUAGGCAUGUAACAAAUGUGAUUGUCCAGGUAUAUAUGUGUGUGAGAGUGUGAGAGAGAGUGUGUGUGAAUGUGCGCAUGGGCGCACUGAUGCUGCCUUCUCUUGUGGUGUGGUCCUCAGCACAGCCAUUGCAAACUGUCACAGUCUUAGUUUUACAUCAUUCCCUUGUAGUGCCUUACCAAACUACAGUUGCAGUUUUAAGGGUUUACUUCCACUGGUACGCCUAGAAACUGACUGAGGCUGGUUGGAAAUUAAUCUCAAUUCUUUUUUCUUCUUUUGACUGUUCUUUAUUGUUGCUCUCCUUCUUCUAAACUUUUUUGAUCCUUCUUAUUAUUUUCAUCUUUAUUGGGUAAGUUGCAAAGGUCAAGGGAGAGGGGUGGUGUGGAAUUUGACUGGAGCAAGGUGGAAAUGGGAAUUUGAAAGGACCCAGACUGGCUCUUAGGCCCGAAAGCAGCUUUCCAAGUAGUUCCGUUUUGUUGGUGGAGUUUCAGAUUUAGCUUUCUGUCAGGAUGCUUAGUUCUGCCACCCGGCCAAUUCUUUGCAGCUUAGUAUUCUUACUAAAGCAUAAACAGAAGAAGAAGAGGGUGGGUGAGUGAGGGCAGGCUUGCUUUGGAUCAGAAACACGUAGUACCUCAUGUUAAAUUCCUAUGUCUGGACUGGGGAGGUGGGGGGAGGUGAUUAGCUGGGACAGACUGUAUAUAUAUUUUCACUUGAAUGCUUUCAGUGGGG